GAAGUCUCCGUGGUUGCCAUGUAAUAAAAUAUCCCAACUACUGAACUGUUGCUGAAGACGAUAGCGCUAGGUGUGAACCUCAACUCCGAUGCCCACCUAGCAACGGCACAAGCGUAACUAGCAAGCUAACUAGUAUUGUAGACUCGUCUUUUUUUUACUUUGCAAAGUGUUAACCAUUUACGCCGUGCUAAGAAGGAGAGUCCCGGCUGCAAGAUGUCUGUUGCGGGAUUGAAAAAACAAUUUUACAAAGCCAGCCAGAUGGUGAGUGAAAAGGUGGGAGGAGCUGAGGGAACCAAACUGGAUGAAGACUUCAAAGAUUUGGAGAGGAAGGUGGAUGUGACGAGCAAAGCCGUCGUGGACAUCAUCUCCAAAACGUCAGAGUACCUGCAGCCCAACCCAGCAUCCCGGGCGAAGCUCUCCAUGCUCAACACCAUGUCUAAGAUCCGGGGGCAGGUGAAGAGUCCGGGGUACCCGCAGGUGGAGGGGCUGCUGGGGGAGUGCAUGGCCAAGUACGGCCGAGAGCUGGGAGAGGACACCAACUUCGGUGGUGCUCUCGUAGACGCAGGCGAGUCGAUGAAGAGGAUGGCGGAGGUGAAGGACUCGCUGGACAUCGAUGUCAAACAGAACUUCAUCGACCCCCUGCAGGGCCUGUGUGACAAGGACCUGAGGGAGAUCCAGCACCACUUGAAGAAGCUGGAGGGCCGGAGGCUGGACUACGACUACAAGAAGAAGCGCCAGGGGAAGAUUCCGGACGAGGAGGUUCGGCAGUCGCUGGAGAAGUUCCACGAGUCCAAGGAGGUGGCCGAGGCCAACAUGUACAACCUGCUGGAGACCGACAUCGAGCAGGUGAGUCAGCUGUCCUCGCUGGUGGAGUCACAACUGCAGUAUCACAGACAGGCUGUGCAGAUCCUGGAAGAGCUUUCAGACAAGCUGAAGGAGAGGAUGAACGAGGCACAGUCGCGCCCGCGCCGGGAGUACACCCCCAAACCCAAGCCUGUGUUUGAGUACUCUGAGCCCGAGCAGUCCAACGGAGGCUACGCACCUACAGCACAGCUCACCCGCUCAGAGUCAUCCUUCCACCGCAGGACAUCCUCUUGGAAAGGCAAAUUCUCCUCGGUGUCGGACCAGCCGUGCUGCAAGGCGCUAUACGACUUCGACCCGGAGAACGAGGGCGAGCUGGGUUUCCGCGAGGGCGACAUCAUCACGCUGACCAAUCAGAUUGACGAGAACUGGUACGAGGGCACGCUGCGCGGCCAAUCGGGCUUCUUCCCGCUCAACUACGUGGAAGUGAUGGUCCCCCUGUCGCACUAAAGAGGAGGGAGGAGAGGAGAGGAGAGGGGGAGAGGGGGAUGGUUGGAGGAAGGAGGGAGGAGGGAGGAGAGGAGGGGGGGGGGGGAGCGGAGCGAAGGGAAGGAGCCGGUCUCAGAUCCCCGGCGUCUUCAUUCUCGACUUCUUCCUCCUCUCCGCGGUUGCCGUUGUCAUGGUCACACUUAUCUGUACCUGUACACCUGGGCACUUUUGUCGGCUGGACCUUUUGAAGACGGGAAGCGAGAGUUGCAUUGUCCCAUUCCAGAGCCAUAAAGGGAAGAAAUGAGAAACACUACAGGUGUGUACACACACACACACGCACACUCACACACACACACACACACACACACACGCACUCUUUACUAACACUUUAACAGGCCUGAUUCUUUGUGAUCACAGUGGUGAUGCGUUCGGAAUUGCAGCCUAACUGGUUUGUCAUAAUCAAUGGUUCUGUCGCCCCCUGCUGGCCAGGCUGUGACACUGACCGCCCUCAGUGUGCGGAAGAAAAAAAUGCUUGAAAAUAUGUAUAUAUAUAUGUGUGUGUGUGUGUGUGCGCCCCUCUGGAGAACAGACGCACGCUAUAACUGGCCCAGAGCAUAUAUGUGUGUGUGUGUGCGCCCCUCUGGAGAACAGACGCACGCUAUAACCGGCCCAGUUCAGGCUCUGUCCCCUCGCGGUCUGCCGCUGUGUCUGAAACCCGAGCUGCCCGUGUCCUGCGUGUGAAUGCUGAGGCCAGCUCUGCUGCACCUGGGGCGCUCUCUGUGAAACGCGCUCUCUGUGAAACGCGCUCCGUGAGGGAGGUGCAGCCGGUUGGUUCGGCCUCCGCCCAGGGUGGUGCUGGGGCCUGUGCUCCUCUGGGCGUGAGCACUCUCUCCCUCUAUUUCUCUCCCUCUCUUUCGCUCUCCCUCUCUUCCUCUCUCUCUCUCUCUCUCUCUCUCUCUCUCUCCUGGUUCCUCGGGUCUUGGUCAGCAGCAGUACUUGUUUCAUGUGGAGGAAAAAAUGCAGUGCCUGGACUGCCUUCUAAGGCUCUGAUGGCUUUCAGUGCGUGCGUGCGUGCGUGCGUGCGUGCGUGCGUGCGUGCGUGCGUGCGUGCGUGCGUGCGUGCGUGCGUGCGUGCGUGCGUGCGUGCGUGUGGCUGCUUGUCUGUUUGUUCACGUGUCAGGCCGUGUGUAUACACCCGUGCACACACUCCUCCAUGUCUGAGCGCCUUUCCUUCCCACGCAGAAAUUUGAAGUGGAGGAUGGGGAAAAAGAAAUGAAAUUAAAUGUAGACUAGCGCAGUGUCUCAUAUUUAAGUUGAAUGCAUUUUACUGAUCAUUCUGGCUGUCUGCACUAGAGCCUGUGUGGAUGACACUGCUGGCGGUGUCCGUGUGUGUGUGUGUGUGUGUGUGUGUGUGUGUGUGUGUGUGUGUGUGUGUGUGUGUGUGGGGGUGUUUCUUGGUCAUGUGUGUGCGUACGUGCGUGCAUGGGUGGGUAUGUCGGUCAGUAGGUGUGGAUGUGUGUGUUUGUGCACGUGUUCGCGUGUGCCUUUUGAUGGAUCGUGUGUGAAAAGGCAGAUAGAGGAAAAGGAGUGACAUGAUAGGUGUGCAGUGUGGACGUGGAGGUGCAGUCUCGGUCCCCUCUGUACCGCUUCCGCUCAGGGGUCCCCUGGACCCCUCAGUCACUCUGCUGAAUCCCCCCUACCGAGCCAAUCUGUACCAGACUGACCCGAACCGGACCAAACGGGCACUGCCAAGGGAGCCCUGUUUUAAAAGUGAGCAGUCACUGGUUGGUUGGUUGGUUGGUUGAUUCACUCAUGAGCAGAUAUAGAACAGACUUUGUUGUCUGAACCUAGCGGGCCAACUGCAGCGUGCUUAGCUGGAGUUUAAAGCUCAGGUUUAAACCCCCCAAGGCCGCAGAACUACGUUACCACUGGAACGGCUGGUGGCACCUGUGAAAUGUGGAUUAGCUGCUCCACUUGUAAUGCAGUUCUGUGGCCUUGGGGUUUAAAACCGAGGCUUAAACUCCCAGUAAGCAUGCUGUAAUUGACCCAGUGAGCAGAGCCGAAUUUUAAUUGAAAGGGUGUGGCAGAGGGGCGUGUUAUUGUGGGCGGAGUUUAGGGGCUGCUUAAAGUGAGGUUGUAGCAGCUGGUUGGACCAGGUGAGCCAGAGUUGUCAUUUUGUGUUGGUCAUGUGACGUGUCUCAGCCUAUCUGCAGACGGAUGUAUGGUUGCUGUUGGUCAUGUGACGUGUCUCAGCCAAUCUGCAGAUGGCUGUAUGGUUGCUAUGGUUGCUGUUGGUCAUGUGACAUGUCUCAGCCUAUCUCUGCAGACAGCUGUAUGUUGCGUUUCCCCCCCCCCCCCCCUCAGUCUGCAGGCAGACUGACUCUGAGCUUCCUCGCAGGCGGGCACACACGCAUGCAAACAUGCAGACACAUUAUCAUGUGCACGAGCAUGCCUGUUUAUACACACACACACACACACACGUGCCGCACGCUCACACACAAAUAGGCUGACUCAGCAUACAUGCACAUACACACACACACACGCACACAUGCAUGUAGACCUUGCAUGCACACAGUCUCCCUUCCCCACACACACACACACACACACACAGAUGCACUGGGCUGAGUUCUGAUCACUGUUAUCCUACAAGUCUUUUUCCUCGUUCCCUACAUCACUCUUUCCCUCCUGCCUACACCACUCAGCUCAGCGCCAAAAGAACUUUAACAAUUCCUCUUUUUUUUAUGUUAACCUUUAGUGUUUUUGUACAAAAUGUAAUGUUUACAUGCUUUAUGCCUUUCUUUUUUUUAUCAACCCUCCGAGAAGUAGUUUUAUUACUGUCUGCGGGUU